UUAAAUGUAUUGCCACUAUUUUGAAAUAAAUGCGUCAAAUUCAAACAUAAAGCUAUGAAAAAUUCCGUUCAGAUGAAAUUUUACCCGCAAAUAUAUAGUUUGAUUCCAUAAAUGGAAAUGUUUUUGUGGGAAAUUAUUUACAAUAAAAUGAUGUUAUGUUCCCAACUUUGCAUCUGUGCCAUUGUACUUCAUGGAUUAUCGUGUAUGAAAAAUAUAUCUGGUGAGCAAUAGCUCAUAUAACUUUUGCAUAUAACUCAUAACAAUGGCGGGAUCGGUAAUAUUUGGAGAAACGUGAAAGUAAAAUAUACGGACAAAACUAAAGUUAGAUUCCACAAAGGGUUACAGUGGAAUUAGCGGCUAGGACGAUUUCUUCUUAGUUCAUUGUACAAUCCAAGUACACUGUUUCACCCUAAGAAUAAUUAGAAUUAUAUGCAGAUGGGAAUUCUCAUUUGAAUUCAGAAUCUUGGCGAUAUCUAAUUACAUUUUUUCAUAUUACCACAUGCCUACACCCCUGGCCUUAAAGAUAAGAAAAUACAUUAUAGAAAUACUGCCGAAUAUAAACCCUAUCGUCAACGAAAUACACGAAUAAUUUACUUAUCUUGUUAGUUAUUUUUUUCCCAACUAACGAUAACGCCAUUUGUGCAUUGCUAUCUUAUUUGCCUUCCUAAAUGGCAAAACUACUCGACUACUGAUAUCCUUACCUUUUCAAAAAUCCUAAAAUCAAAAUCUUUCAAUACUAUUCCGAUUGUUGUAAAAUAAUUUUUACUUCGGUUAACAAUUUUUUUUCAUAUAGAUUUUUAAACAUUUUCAAGGUAUAAGUGUAUUUAAACGAACAAUAAUCAUCAACAAUGAAUUCCGUAUUUUUAAUCCAAAUAGUCUUACUGGCAAUUCUUGCUUUCGAUACUGGAAAUUCCUUAUUCCGUCGACGCAGACGUUGCCCAACACCAUACAAGGAUAAAUAUGAAGAACAAGUGAAGGAAGUUACAAAACUCAGAAGCAGUAUCCAGGGCUAUCAACGACUGGUGAUGACCAUGGGAAGCUUGGCUGAAAAAAUAAUUAAUCACGGCACCCAGGUUACGAAUGAGGGCAACGAGCUUAAGAAACUUCAAUCAAGCCAUACAAGCAGUGCUACUGGUCGUGACAUAGCCGACGACAAACCUGACGAGAACUCUGAUUCUGAAAAACAAGAUGCUGAGGAUCUAGAGAUGUUUGAAGAUGUUAAUGAUUUCUAGAAACAAAAUAGUGAAGAUGAAGAACUCUAAACAUGUAAACGAUUCGUACAUUUGUCUCAACUAAAAGUAUUCAAUACAAAAAUUAGGAGAUAAAGGACAACAUAUUACUCGGAUAGAUGAUGAAAUCACGUCUGAUUUGUUGAUAUAACUUUUUCACAAAAUUUUAUAAAACGACGUAUAAACUGUUUAUUUUAUUUUUAGUGCAUCUUAAUGAUAAUAAAUAAAAUAACAAGAAA